AUGGAUGAGGGCGUCGGGGCGGCGGCGCACACCUGGGCUCACCUUACAGCCGCGCCCCACGCCCCUCAGCCGCUAAUUAUCGCCUCCGCUCCCCCAGGAUGCCGCGAGAUGCCCGGAGUGCCAAAGGGGUGCCCGUGUAACGCGAGCUUCCGUUGGUUUAGGGCAGGCGCUCCGGCGGACACGGCCUUCGACGGGGCGUGUGAACGUGUCGCCUCGCAACAUAUUCUCUCAUUUUCUGUAAGGGAUGUUAGACUACCGAUAGGGAGGCCCAGCCACGUCGGGAAAUAUCAUGACACAACUUUUGAUGUUAAUGGCGCUUUUGUUUCUCUUUCCAGGUUGUUGGCGCUGGCGGCCCUGUCCGGCUCGUGCCUGGCGGCGGUGGACAUGGUGAUGCUGUGGGGGGCGUCGGGGACGUCCAAGAUCACGUCGUCCACCCUGGCGUGGGUCACGGGCACCGACAAGAUCCCCGAGGAGGCCGUGGCCGUCGACCCGUCCAGCCCCGCCGGCCCCCACUGGUGUAGGGCGAGGCACCGCGCCCUGCAGGUCCCGGGGGUGCUGAGGGACGACGGCGUGUGCACCAUCCCGUUCCUGAAGCGGAUCUUCAAGCUGGACAAGUACGAUGUCCUCGUCUCGAUCAACGGCUCCGCCCGACUCCACCUGAAGCCGUGGGACAAGUACACCGCCAAGCCCGACAACGCCGUGCUGUCGCCGGACUUGAUGCUGGCCUUCGACUCCUCGCCGCACGCCCCGCUCAUGCCCGGGCACGUGGGACCCGACCUCAGGGACCGGCGCGCCUUCCUCCUGGACGGGGACAACAUCCGCAGGGUGGAGAAGGCGUACAUCCUGGUCGAGGAGGAGCCGGCCAGGUAUUCGCUCAGCGACAUCGUCCUGGACGCGUCGCACCAGACCAUCAACGACAGUCGCGUCCACCUGAAGAAGGUCACGCUGGAGAACACGGGGGAGGAGCCCGUGAACGCGUCGCGCCUGGUCACCAUCGACGUGCGGGAGAGGCAGUACUGGGGCCGCGUGAAGGGCACGGUCACGGCGCUGUCGUCCACCGUGACCUCCCCCGAGGACGCCCCCAUCGCCAUGCCCUCACCCAACGCGCCCGUCGACCUCCUGUGGGGCAUCGACAAUGAGCUGGGUCGCGUCGACACGCAGAUGCUGGUCCACGAACUCCCUCCCGGCGUCGGCGUCGAAGUCGACUUGGAAGGCACGAUGAGGCACUACGAGGCGCCCUACAGUGGCACUCUCAGCGCCUUCUACGCCGACGGGAGCAGCCACAAGCGAGGCAUCGUCUCGCUGCACAUCCACGAUGCGCUGGUGGGCGUCACGGCCAACUACAGACGCUACUACUACAUCCACAACGGCACCGACGUCGACCUCCCCGAAUCCGCCGACCUUUUGUACGAACUGACCACCACGACCACCACCACCACCACCACGACCACCACCACCACAACAACCACUACCACGACCACCACCACCACCACCACGCCGCCCCCCACGACCACCACCCCGGAGCCGACCACAGAGGCCCCCACAGAGCCCCCGACCGAAGCCGUCAUCCUCCAGGAGACGGCGUGGCACCCGGAGUCCAAGUCGCUCUCCAAGGACACCGACUCGGAGGCGCGCCGAACGCAGCCCGAAGCCGAAGCCGACGACAACAACCAGGCCGUGACAGCGAGGCCGGCGGACAGGGUGCUCUCGGCCGUCGCGUCGAUCGUCACAACGCUCAUCCUCAGAUACUACUCCUCUUUCCCCGUCAUGUGAGCGGCGGCGUUCGCGCGCCUCCGCCUUGUACAUUUGUAGGUCUAAGGACAAAGGAAAUCCACCUUAAACAAGAAACAAAAAAACAAACAAAAAAAACAAGUAUAUUAUCCUGUAUAUUUUUCGAUACAGUAAUAAUUUUAUUAAGAGAGUUUAUAUAUAUAUUAUUUGUUAUGUGAGAAUAUGUAGAAUAUUAAUGACUUAAAAGAAAUGUUAAUAUCUAUAUAUAUAAUAUCUGCUUGGAGUGAACCCUUCCCUACACCUUUGCUUCGAGCUUUAUCGCGCUGCCCGAGAGAGACCAGGUGUCGAAGUGUCGCGUGAUCAGGUGUCGAAGUGUCGCGUGAUCAGGUGUCGAAGUGUCGCGUGAUCAGGUGUCGAAGUGUCGCGUGAUCAGGUGUUAUAGUGUCAGUCGAUCGCCCAGGUGUCACUCGACCCUUGAGGAGGACCGAGGAUGCCACACAAACCCCCGAACGGAUCCCGAGAGUGCCAGUCGACGGCGGAAGUCAAACGGCCUACUUGAGGAACGGCGUGAACUCCUGAGACGCGCGUUAGGCCUACCUGUUGCGAAAAGCGUCUUCCUGCCGUGAUCGAGAUCGUAGGGUAAUCAUCGGCCACGAAGAUUAUCGUAAACAUUACUUCUUCAGAUUUAUGGGCUGAAGGUACCUGUUAUGUUGGAAGAAGGGGAUCGCGAGUGAUUA